AUGGCCGACAUCCAGAACUUCCAGACCUUUGACGCGUUUGCUGAUGCCAAGGACGACUCGAGUAUCGGCGGCGGCAAAGUGCACGUGCGCGUGCAGCAGCGCAAUGGCCGCAAGUGUCUGACGACGGUACAGGGCCUGGCCGACGACCUGGACGUGAAGCGCAUCCUCAAGGCUUUCAAGAAGAACUUCAGCUGCAACGGCGCUAUUGUCAAGGACGAUGAGCUGGGCGAGAUUAUCCAGCUCUCGGGCGACCAGCGGACGAACAUUCGCGAGUUUCUGCUGGACCAGGAGAUCUGCAUGGACGCCCAAGUGGUGCUGCACGGUUUCUAG